AUGGAGCAAGAUCAAGUGCCAGAAAGAAGAAGUACUUUCGCUAAUUUAAAAAUAGUGCAAAGGAAAACUGGAGAAGAAAGGAGAAUUCUACAAGCCAAGGUAGAGGCAAGGGUAACGCAAACCAAGCCAGCGGACCCAAAAGAGUUGGAGGAAAAAGUGCAAAGGGUGAAGGAAAAGUUCCGCAAAGACGAAGAGCAGAGACAGGUAAUAUUGAUGAAAAAGGCACCAGCAGCGAAGCAGUUGAGGAGGAAGUUAGCUCCUGAGGCAGCAGCGUCCCCAGCAAAAAUAAGCAGAGUGGAAAUGUUGUUAGAAAGAGUGGAACAGGAUAAGGAAAGAAAAGCAAAGAAAGCAAAGGACUUGGCAGAGUCAGACCUGAGCUGGAUGGAAAUGGUAGAAGAGGAAGAAAAAGGAGAAAAUAAAGAAGCCAUGGAAGUUGAGGAAAAUGAGCAUGUGUGCCUGCCAGGAAUGUGCACAGUAGAGGUGAGGAAAGAACCUGUACCAAUAAGCUCAAGCUCAAGCUCAAGCUCCAGCUCCAGCUCAAGUUCAGCAAGUGAAAGUGAUAGUGAGGAAGAAGGAGAAGGUAAAGCCAAAGUGAGCGGGUUUGAAAAAGAGUUACAAGAAUUACAAGAGAAGAUGGAAACAACAGAAAUGGAAAACCUGCAAAGUGAGGUGGAAGAAACAGAGGAAGAAAAGCAAAUAAAUGAGAUGAUAAGUAAGGAGGAGGAGGAAAUUGCUAAAAUUACAGAAAAGUUGGAAGAGUUAAAUAAAAACAAAGCAGAAUGGAAGUUGCACAAAAUAGAUGAGGAGUACUUGUCAAAACCAACGCCAAAAGCAGAAUGGGCAGAAGCACCACAAAAGAAGAAACAGGAAGAGCAGGGGAAGAAGAAAUUCCAUCCAGAGGAUCCUCGGUUCCAGCUGCGUUGCAGAAAAUGUAACCAGAGGGGACAUCAGACAUCAACAUGCACUGGAGAAAAAAGGAGGAGAAAGCAUUAAUAUAAGUCCUGUUCAUUUAAAUUGGAAGUCAAUUGUAAUGUUUGUUUAAAAGUUUAAAUAAAGUUGUAACCAUUGUUUGUGAACCAUGUGCGUUAUUUCACAAACAUUCCCAGCAACACUGGAAGCGGAAACAACGGUAAGGGCAAAUACAUGAAGACACAAACAGGGCAGGGAAAAGUUUAAUAACAGAGUGCUUUCUUGUAGAAAAACAGCUCUUAAGAAAUACAAGCCCCCAGAGUGCUUUCUUUCAAAAAAAGACAACAACUCUCAAAGAAAAAAACAAAAAAAAACAACAGUAGUGAGUGACGGAGCGUUGGAAAAGAACAAGGCCCGGAGUGGGAAAAUAAACAAAAAACUCGGGCAUGGUAAGGAAGGACACUGAAAUAAAAGUAGAAAUUAGUAAAGAAAGGAAGAGGUCAGGGAUCAGAAACAACCCGCAACGACUAACCUCACUCUUCUGGAGGGUUGAGCUCACGCACCGGGGGCGGUGGUACAAGAGGGAAGGGAAUUACUUCCUAGAAUAAAAACAGCAAUCAGCAAUAAAGGAAAAGAAUGGGUAAAAGAAGCAAGCCAGCCAAUAACGUACAUAAGCAGGUCCUUUGCAUAAGACGCAGUGGUAAAAAGGUUGGGGGAGGGUUGACCCAACCACCCAGUCCAGGCCAAAGCGGCGAUGACCGGAGAAAGUGUAUAACAAGGGGUCAGACACACAAGCUCCGCAGAUCGUAACAUUUUCACCCCAAAAGUCCCAUGCAUGGUGCAGGAAUUGAAAAAUACAAACAAGGUCCAUGGUAACAAACACUGAACUUACAAGGACUAGAUGGGGGUGACUGCGGAGGCGUUGAUGGUGGAGAUGGCGG